UCAGACUGAAAACAUCAAGUUCAACAAACACAUCGGUACGAAAUGUCAUUGAAAUGAGGAAAUUCUCAUCCAGCGCCCACUUUUGCAUUGGUCUCAGCAGGCCACCGUAGAAUGCAUUGCAACACUAUACAUGUGGGGGUUUUCCAGUUGUGAGAAAUAGCUACCAUUGCAUUGCGCACGGGAUGCCGAUCAAUACGUUGUAUGUACUGUAUACAUUCACAUCGGUGUCGAGUUGGCGAAGAGCUGCACUGCUUUUACGAUUUGAACGUUGGUUAACGAUCAGAAUCCAAUACUGUUUGCCGGCAAUCGUCCACUUCUGAUUCACCAAAGAGGUUCAAGUGUACGCAGUGAGCACUAGUCACAUCUACAGCUUGAGAAUCCAUUACUGUUGCCGGCAAUCUUCCACAUCCGAUUCAUCAAAGAGGUUCAAAUGUACGCAGUGAGCAUUAGUCACAUCUACAGCUUGAGGUAACAGGAGCCCAUUCUCAUCAAGAUGGCCGAAGCUGCUUUACACACUGAGACCACUUGCAAGAUUAGACAUGUACACAUCGAAUGCCCAAUCUGCCUGAGUCGGUUCACCGAUCCGAAAAUACUGGACUGUCUUCACAGCUUCUGCUUCAAAUGUCUUCAGGAACUUAUAGAAAAACAGGAUCCGAAGACGGUUAUUAUUAUUUGCCCAAUGUGUAAAAAGGAAACGUCAAUCCCAGAUGGGGGAUUGUCGGAUCUUCUUAGCUGCUUUUUCUUAAGCUCACUUAUCGAUGACGUCAUUAAUCUUGAAGGUUCGAAGGAGGACAUUGACCCUCCUGUCUCAACUUGUGAAGGAUGCGACGAAGGUCUUGAAGCCGUCUCACAGUGUGUUGACUGUGAGGUGAAUUAUUGCAAGACAUGUCUGACAAUCCACGCAAAAUUAAAAAGUCACAGGCAUCAUCAAAUCGUUAAUGCUGUCGGCGUGUCAAAUGAGCGACCCAAAGAAAAGGACAAAACUGAAGCACAAAAAUGCCGGAAACACACUGACCAGGAACUGUGUUUCUAUUGCGACACGUGUAAAUUACUUGUGUGUCUCAAAUGUGCUGUUUUUGAUCACCGAGCGUCCAACCACAAUCUCUCUGAAAUCAAGGAUUCCAUUCGAUCUUAUCGUCGAGCUGUUGAUGAAGCCUUGCAGAAGUUUGAUGAGUGUCGCAAGCAAUUCAAAAAAGUGGAUGACUCUAUCAAGCACUCACAGCGUAGAUUACAGCUCAUGGUCAACAAGGCUCUUCGAGAUAUUGUGGCUAAGGAGGAAAAAGAAAUCACUAAGAUAAGAAAUGCAUCUCGCCUCCUUCAAGAAAGAGUCACUCAAAUCGGUCAAGAAAGAGGUGAAGGAUUUGAGAGCAUACAGAGCAGCAAUCACGAUAAGAUGAGCCGUGCAGAGCAGAUCGUAGCUUCAGUCAAUGACUUGAUGCAACAUGCUGAUAACUUUGAGCUGCUGGACCUCAAGCCAAAAGUUAUGCACAACUUAGACUUCCACAAAGAGCUUCAGUUUCAAACAGUGCAGCAUAGCAAGUCAUUCAUCGGGUUCAAAGGUCAUGAUGUCGUCACUGAUGCAGAUCUCGGUGAAAUACUAGAGGAAGAGAAGUGGGAGGUGAAGACAGAGUUUGGUAAAGAAGGGGAAGGUGAGGGGGAGUUCAAGUUGGCAAGGGACGUUGCUUGUUUUAGCAAUGGUGACAUUGUCGUUACUGAUACAUACAUGUGGCUAUUAUCCACAUUUACAUCAAAGGGUAGUUACAAAUCUACAGGUGGUCAAAGUGGAACAGAGGACGGUAAACUAAUACAACCUUAUGGUGUUGCCGUGACCUCUGAUGACCUGCUCCUGGUUACUGAUGGACAAGAUGUAAAGGUUUAUGAUAGAGAACUGAGAUACAUUCGUCAGUUCCGACCCUCACAGAAUCAAGUUGAGGGGCAGUCAAAGAGUCUACUUCGUGGUAUUUCUGUGGACAAUAAAGAUCGGAUUGCAGUGGCUGACUGUAAGAGAAAGGUCAUAUCUCUGCAUAAUAUGGAUGGAUCCAUCAUUUCCACAAUACAUCAUGAUGAUAUAAGUAGCGACUGCUUUCUAUCUAUAAGAAGCAAGGAGCGUCUGGUAUUCACACACUUCGGCAAGAUGAAUCUAGUUUGUGUGGAUUUCUUUGGAAACGAGGUGUUCAAUAUCAGCACCUCCAUUAACGGCAAAUCUGUCAAACCUUAUGGUGUGUGCUGCGACGAUGCUGGAGACAUUUUUUUGUCUGUUUAUUGCGGUGGCUGGGGAAUCAAUGAGAUACAUCAUUACGAAGCACCAGGUGAGCACAUCGGCUGUGUAGCUCGUGGCUUGUACGCACCUCUAGACAUGACGUUUACUCCUACCGGUGACCUCAUCGUGGCUGAUCGUCACUCGGUCAAGGUCUUGCAUCGUCUGUGA